GGGCGGGGGCGGGCCCCCCUUCCUUCCCCCUCAGCUCCUCCCUCUCCUCCCCUCCUUCCACCCAGAGGCCCGGCCGGCGCGCAGCCCGAGCGGAGCCAACUUCGCCAACGGUUCCCAAGUUGCCGGGCGCGCUGUGCUGGGAGCUGGGUGGGGAGAGGAAGGAGAGGAGGAGGAGGAGGAGGAGGGCUCCCCGGACGCCUUGGACGCGGUUCAGGAAUCCACCGCCGCCGCCGGCCGCUCGCCGACUCGGGCCCGAGCGGGGAGGGCGCCAGGCAGGACCGCUCGAUCGCUCGCUGCGCAGGACGGCGCCCGCCUGGCGCCGCUUCCCGAUCGGCGUGCGAACCGGCCGGGCCGCGCCUCCCUCCCUCCCAGCCGCCGCCACCGCCUCCGGGGAGGGCGCAGAGCCCCGGCCGCGAGGGAUCGGAGCGACCGAGCCUCUUCUGCCGCGUCCUGCGCAAAGGAGGGCAAAGUUGCAAGCGGAUGCUGCCGACGCCGGACCCCAGCCGCGGACAGUCGGAUCCGCCCCCGCCGGAGGAGGCUCGGCGGACGGGCUGCUUCCUGUGGGGAAAUCUUUUCCAGAAGAGAGCUGAUCCUGGAUGCACUGACCCAGGUCACAAGCCUUCCCCACACUUGGAGCAAACAGUAUCCCAUGAAUGACCAUCCUCAUGGAGAAUGCAUAGACUUUUGGAUGGAGUUGGAGGGGGCCGUGUUGUGCUGGAAUCUGGGGUUCAUGAUGCAGGACAGCCAUGCUCGGGUGUCUCCUGUGUGCCUGACCCAGUGCUAAAGGAUAAUGAGGGGCCUGGACAAAACCCCCUUACACCACAAAAGGAUGAUCAGCGGUGAACAGAUCUUACAAGUCAACUCACUUUAUGACAGUCUCAGAUGCUAAUGGGAGUCUGCAUGGUGGUGGGACCGGGGGAACCCUAAGCUAGGACGAGGGUGUCCCCCACCUGAAGACGGCAAGCCAGAUCCCGAGUGAUGCUGCUGAGCUGACAACCCACGGCCCCACCGUUCCCCAUGGAGAAAGGACUCGCUUUACCCCAGGACUGCCGGGACUUUCUGCACAGCCUGAGGAUGAGGAGCAAAUAUGCUCUUUUCCUGGCUUUUGUGGUGGUGGUUUUUGUCUUCAUUGAAAAGGAAAAUAAAAUCAUAUCAAGGGUGUCAGACAAGCUGAAGCAGAUCCCGCAACCCCUGGCUGAUGCCAACAGCACUGACCCAGCCCUGAUCUUGGCCGACAAUGCGUCCCUCUUGUCCCUGAGUGAGCUCGAUUCGGCCUUCACCCAGCUGCAGGGCCGCCUCCGAAACCUCAGUCUGCAGCUGGGUGUAGAGCCAUUGGAAGAGGCCGGGGCCGAGGCCGAGGUCGCAGCUGGGGACGAGGGGCCACCGCCACCCCCGGGGGCCGGACCUCGGCGCCACGUGCUGCUUAUGGCCACCACGCGCACCGGCUCCUCGUUCGUGGGCGAGUUCUUCAACCAGCAGGGCAACAUCUUCUACCUCUUCGAGCCGCUGUGGCACAUCGAGCGCACGGUGUCCUUCGAGUCAGGAGGCGCCAGCGCCGCGGGCUCGGCCCUGGUCUACCGCGACGUGCUCAAGCAGCUAUUCCUGUGCGACCUGUACGUGCUGGAGCACUUCAUCAGCCCGCUGCCCGAGGACCACCUGACCCAGUUCAUGUUCCGCCGCGGCUCGAGCCGCUCGCUGUGCGAGGAGCCCGUGUGCACGCCCUUCGUCAAGAAGGUCUUCGAGAAGUACCACUGCAAGAACCGCCGCUGCGGGCCCCUCAACGUGACGCUGGCCGCCGAGGCCUGCCGUCGCAAGGAGCACAUGGCCCUCAAGGCCGUGCGCAUCCGGCAGCUGGAGUUCCUGCAGCCGCUGGCCGAGGACCCGCGGCUGGACCUGCGCGUCAUCCAGCUGGUGCGGGACCCGCGCGCCGUGCUGGCCUCCCGCAUGGUGGCUUUCGCGGGCAAGUACGAGGGCUGGAAGAAAUGGCUGGCCGAGGGGCAGGCGCGCCUGGGGGAGGAGGAGGUGCAGCGGCUGCGGGGCAACUGCGAGAGCAUCCGGCUGUCGGCCGAGCUGGGGCUGCGGCAGCCCGCCUGGCUGCGCGGCCGCUACAUGCUCGUGCGCUACGAGGACGUGGCGCGCUGGCCACUGCAGAAGGCGCGUGAGAUGUACCGCUUCGCCGGCAUCCCCCUGACGCCGCAGGUGGAGGACUGGAUCCAGAGGAACACGCAGGCGGCGCAGGACGGCAACGGCAUCUACUCCACGCAGAAGAACUCCUCCGAGCAGUUCGAGAAGUGGCGCUUCGGCAUGCCCUUCAAGCUGGCGCAGGUGGUGCAGGCCGCCUGCGGCCCCGCCAUGCGCCUCUUCGGCUACCGGCUGGCGCGGGACGCCGCCUCGCUCACCAACCGCUCCUUCAGCCUGCUGGAGGAGCGCGGAACCUUCUGGGUCACGUAGGCGCCCCGGGCCCGCGCACGCGCACUCCCCUCCUUGGGAAAGACCCGCCCUUGCCUGCCUUGCUCCCACGAAGGCCAGCGGUGAGCUGGUGGCUUCAGUAGAGGGCGGCCGGGUGGGUGGGCGGCCUCCAGCGGGGCAGGCAGCCUUUAUGGAGCAGUAGGCUCCCUCCGUGCCGCAGCCUGUGGCCUGGGGUCUCUCACCGAGAGCGGGACAGUGCCUGUCCCCGAGGGCCGCCAGGCCAGGACCUAAGGAGCUGCGGUCUCCUGAGUAGGCACCCGGGCCCAGAGCUAUUGACAACAUGCCUUUCUCUGUCUCUUGUCUCUCUCUCACACACAAUAUAAGAAACAUGUAUAAAUGCCUACAGACCCUGUGGGCCAGAGUCCCAGUGUUGGUCUGGAAGGGGCUGUGGGCACAGACAAGUCGACAGCAGCCCUCCCGUUGUACUCAGCCUUCAAAGUUCAGUUUCUGGAUUCCUACACCAUCCGGUGUGGAAUCUGCAUGGAUCCCUGGGGUGGGACUGGAGCAGCCCAGAACGUCAGGGUUGGCAGUUGGGGCUUUUCAACCAAGAACGGUUCGAUAUUUUCACAAAUGGAAGAGCUGUACCGGUUACGAACAUCAGCCCUACACGGAACUAUAAAACACACGUGUAAAAAUAAGGCCUCUAUGUAUACCACACAUAGACCCAAACAACAUAGAAAUCCAAAUCCACACACACAUACACAGGCAAGCUGCCCUGUUGCUUUAUUCCCACAGAAUUUAACUAUCACACCCCUAAUGAGGAGCCUUUCAUUACAUUUUUAGAAUUAGCUGGGGAUGGGGAAGGAAACACGGUCAUGGGCCAUGACCCUGUUCCUGACCAGGUUUGAACUGAAAGGUAGACCCAGAAGGGCUGAGUCUGCGGCCCCUGCCCGCCUUGGUUUCCCCUGGCUAUCUCCUCUGGUCCAUUCCUGUCCUCCCUGCUGGCAGGCAGGAUGUUUUGAAAUGGGGUGGCCAGCCCUCACAUGACUGCAGCCCUAAUACUCUGUCCCAGCUGGGCUGGAUCCCUGAGAGUAUGACCCUGUGUGAAGGCUGCCCCAGGCCUGACUGGAGGCAAAAGGCAGCUGGCAAGUCCUGCCAUUUUCUGCCAGGUCUCAUGUGGGGCAGGGCCCAUAAGAGAGUACAGAGAGCUCUUGGGGGAGAAGUCAUAUCAGGAUACCCCCCUUACCCUGGGAAGACAGGGUACAGAGGUCAGCCUCGUGGUUGGUCACCGUGGUUGCAUUGUUAGUGUCUGGAAUUCCAACUUUCAGGGCUCUGGGAAGAGGGUUGCUAAACUUGGGAUAGGCUGGGUGUUCUACUUGUUUUUGUUUUGUUUUGAAGUUAUUUAUAGUUUGGUAUCUUGUUUUGUGGCUGUGUUUUUUUAUUUUCUUACUGCCAGAGUGCAGCUCGGAAACAGUCUUGGCAUGAGGGGGCUGGGAGGACCAGCAGGGAGCACUCUGGCUCCCGCUGAAGGGAGAGGAGGAGGAGGAGGAGGAGGAAGGAUCAGAGCCUAGGCGGCCACAUGGCAGCCUACAGUGCCCCAUGGGCUUUUCUGUUUGAGCCUCGUGCGAAAUGAAUCUCAGAAACCACCUGGGUUCUUUGCUGUGUGUCGAGAAGCAACAUAAAUUAGCUCUCACCCUUUCCCAAGACAAGGCCAGAUUUGAACAUCUCAAAAGUCCAAAUGAAUUUCCUGGGGGGGCGACGGGGGGGUCAGGGGCCUGUGGCCAAGCAGCAAAUGUCCCCACACUGGGGAGCAGAACUCGGUCUCCCUCAGAUCUUGAAGAGCUGCAGAGUUUACUAGGGCUGUUUCUGAUUUCCUGGACAACUCCGCUGUCAGAUCUGUCCUGUUGUCAAACCCAGAGGGCUGAGUUUCGGUCUGAGUAAUUUGGACACAAGGGAAACAGGAUCUGAGUCCAGCUGGUGCUGCCAUGGGGAUUGUGUCCUGGCCAGAAGCUGCUGUUUGAGACGCUGAGGACCGUAGCCAUUUUGUGGGGUCUGUGCCCAUGACCGCAUUGGAGCUGCUGGGUCUCCAUCACCGUGGACUACAGUCAUUCAAGGAUGUCUCCAGUCUUGGCUUUCCAGUCCCAGAAUAAGUGGUGCAGGGGCUCAAAUUUGGGGUCCAAAGGGAUUCCAGCCCUGAAAACUUGACUCUGGGGCAGAGUGAGACCCAAGAGUCUUCUGGUGAGCCCGGAAAUGCUGGGUUUUCCUCCCCCUACACCACCCUGCUCCCUGCACUGCGUCCCACCUGUGGUUGAUGGGGGCUGGGGCAGGGAUGGAGGCAGGCACCUCUCUCUCGGGCUCUUCUUGCCCCCCCCACCCCCGCCCUGGUGUGGACAGCAGACUUCUUCCUUCCUGUGCCUCAAGCCAAGGUCUCCACCCCGGAGCUCUGAGGACAGUGCCGAGAAUGGACCUUUGGGACUUCUCAGGACAUUGACAAUUUGUACACUACAAGUUGACUUUAUUUAUUUAUUGUGACAAAGAGACAUAAAAUACCUUAUUUGCAGGGACUCAAAGCUGUACCCAAAUCAAGAAAGACGAGAAACAGUAAUAGAAACCGUUGACUCACGCCAUACACGAAGGACACUCCAAGAAGACGAUUCAAAAUACAAGAGAAGAGCAAAGCCCAAGGGCCGGGGGUGUUGGACUGUUCUUGGUGCAUUGCUUAAGGAGGUACCUUGUUUUUUUCUUGUAGUUUUGAUGAUGCGACGUUGAAGGCCCUUUCUGCUAUAUUCCCCUUUGGCCUGGUGUCUGAAACGGGACACAACUCAAGAGAGUGCUCAGCAGCCCCCUGGGAACCCUCAGGGUUUGGGGAAGGACAGGGUGGGGUGACUACUGACUUUACACUCUGGGGGACCUGGUUCAGGUAUGCAUUUGGGGUUUUCAGCAGGCAGCUGGGACGAGGAAGGUGGCCCAUCUGGGGCAAGUGUCUCCCCUGUCGCCUAGGCCAGCCCAGGCGUCUCUGCUCUUGCCAGCUCUAGUGUCCCCCUCCCCACCCCCUGCACCGUGUCUACCUGCCUGCAGAUGAAGGGAGCAGCUGAGGCCUCACCUUUGGGGCUGCCAGCUUCUCCAGAAUAAGAGUCCCAUUCAGGAAUGAGUGUUUACUCAUUUUCUUUUUCCUGAUGAAGACCUCUUUAGCCUGGCCCGUAUAAAUAGUUCAGAACAUUCCAGGCCUUAGUGAGACAGGGCAGUGUCUUAACACCCACAGGCUGUUAACCGCAGCUGCCUAUUCCUGGCUUCUCCUCUGGCCUUGUUGGUAAACGCUGGAGGGGAUAAGGGCGCCAGGUUGGGGGCAAGGGUCUUUGGGAGCCGGAUUCCUGAGUCCCCAUAGAGCGAAAAAAAGAAGCAGAUUCUCAGCUCUGUGGCCCUCUCCUCCCCAUACCACAUCACUGCACAUUAUCACCAAGUUCUUACUAAGGUUGAAGGACAUGAACGAAAUUAGCCUUUGAUCCCUUUAGGUGAUACGUAUACUUGAAAAUAACUAAAUGAAUAGAAAGAAAUGUUUCAUGAAGAUUGGCUCCCUGUCUGCCAGUAGCCUCAGCCUAGAAGCUUCUACCAGGCGCUCGUCUAAUGGGGCAGCUGCUGACAGGACCCCUGAGAGCAGAGGGCCCACCCAACCCAUUACAGUAGCGUCUUUCCACACCACCACUGUCCUGUCUGAUGAUGGAGCAAGUUCUAGCAGGAAGUCAGGUGAUCCCUGUCCCAGGAGAUGGGCGCUUGGCCUGGCGAGGUAAGCAUCAGAUGGUCUGGUCCUGACCCCAAAGGUCUUGUCCAGCCCUGGUCCCAGAUUAGGUCCUGUUUUAAUUGACUGUACGGCCUGCCCUUCACUAGGCCCUGGAUUAUGAAGGAGAGGACCAGAAGAGCAGAUGGCCGUGUCCCUGGGGCAGGAAGAAAGGAGGGUGGGCACAGGGAAAUGCAUCUGCAGAAGCCAAGUAGGGGUAAGUAGGGGUUGCCCAUCUGCACAAAGUAGAAGGAGCAUCCACUGAGCUCCAAGGGUCCCAGGUUGGUGGGUUUGCUAGUGGAGAUCGCCAGGCUGUGGUCCAGCUGGUUGAGAGGCAGAAGGCUUCCUGAAUGUUUCCUGAAUGCAGCCACAUCCCCUCUCAGCUGCCCACAGUUUCAGGAAUCGUGGAAGCCGCCCUUUACCUCAAAAAGAGGAAGCAGAAUUGGCAAAUUCAGUCUUAAGAGCUGGGAGAUCCAGAUGCUUUGAUCUGGGGUCCUUUGUCAUUCCAUGACUGUGCCUGGGGGACGAGUGAGGUGUGUAUUUCCAAGGAUGUAGACACGCUGCCAUCCCCGUGGGCACAGCUCACAAUGUACACCCAAGUAUUUUUAGGGGGAAAAGACCCUGCUUCCUCUACCACUGGGCUUGAACUGGGCACCCCAGAAAUCUCCAUCUCAUCUGUUUCAGGCAAAGUUUGCCUGGCUCCCCUGCCCCCUCCUGGAUCCCAUAAACUCUUUGCCAAGAUCUCGGCCCCAUGUCACGUUUCAUGGCCACGUGGUAUGGGACACUCCCUUUGUGGCCAUGUGUGUCCACACGUGUGUAUGUGUAGUGUGCCGUUCUGCUCAGCCACAUUGCCCCCAGCCCCCUCGCUGUCCUAUGUCCCAGAUGUCCUUGCCAUGGCUGCCAUCUGCUGUCUCCUGGAAACACAGGGGCCACCGCCAGUAAGGGUCUGCUUUGUGGAACAGAAUGUGAACCAUCACUUGAUGGCUUGACUUAUUUAAUUAAAAAUGAAAACACGCAGUGAGCAAAAUCUGAAA